ACUGGCCGGAAGUCCUGCGUGUUAGCCCAACGCUGCUAAAAAAUAAAGUCAGUGCAUAAUAUUAGCUGCAUGUUUUAAAGCUACACACAAUAAACUUUCCUAUAUAAUUCAGAAGUUAUUCAGCUGACAGAGCCUGGACGUUUAGGUAACCUUGGUGUCAUUUACCUGUGUAUAUAAAAAAAAGGCUGCCCAAUGAGAAAGCAUGCCUGAAAUAAAAGUAACGCCACUCGGUGCUGGACAGGAUGUGGGCAGGAGCUGCAUCCUCGUCUCCAUCGGAGGCAAAAACAUAAUGCUGGACUGUGGGAUGCACAUGGGCUACAACGAUGAUAGACGUUUCCCAGACUUUUCUUAUAUAACACAGAAUGGGCGUCUGACAGAUUUCUUGGACUGUGUGAUCAUCAGCCAUUUCCACUUGGACCACUGCGGUGCUCUGCCCUACAUGAGUGAGAUGGUGGGCUAUGAUGGACCCAUCUACAUGACCCAUCCCACCAAAGCCAUUUGCCCCAUUUUACUGGAAGAUUUCCGGAAGAUCACCGUUGACAAAAAGGGAGAAACCAACUUCUUCACUUCGCAGAUGAUCAAGGACUGCAUGAAGAAAGUGAUUCCUUUGAACCUGCACCAGACUGUCCAGGUGGAUGAUGAGCUGGAGAUCAAGGCGUACUAUGCAGGCCAUGUCCUGGGAGCUGCUAUGGUUCACAUCAAAGUGGGAUCAGAGUCUGUGGUCUACACUGGUGACUAUAACAUGACACCGGACAGGCAUUUAGGUGCCGCGUGGAUCGAUAAGUGUCGCCCAGACAUCCUCAUCUCUGAGUCUACAUACGCCACCACCAUCCGUGACUCAAAGAGGUGCAGAGAGCGGGACUUUCUGAAGAAAGUUCAUGAAAGCAUAGAAAGAGGAGGAAAGGUUCUUAUUCCAGUUUUCGCCCUCGGUCGAGCACAAGAACUCUGCAUCCUGCUGGAAACAUUUUGGGAGAGAAUGAACCUGAAGGCCCCAAUCUACUUCUCCACUGGACUGACAGAGAAAGCUAAUCAUUACUACAAGCUUUUCAUAACGUGGACCAAUCAGAAGAUUCGAAAAACCUUUGUACAGAGAAACAUGUUUGAAUUUAAGCACAUCAAGGCUUUUGAUCGCUCCUACGCUGAUAAUCCCGGUCCUAUGGUGGUGUUUGCAACACCGGGUAUGCUGCAUGCAGGUCAGUCUUUGCAGAUAUUCAAGAAAUGGGCUGGCAAUGAGAAGAACAUGGUUAUCAUGCCUGGCUACUGUGUACAGGGAACAAUCGGUCACAAAAUCCUAAAUGGGCAAAGGAAACUGGAGAUGGAAGGCAGAGCAACGUUGGAUGUGAAGCUGCAGGUUGAGUACAUGUCGUUCAGUGCACAUGCAGACGCCAAAGGAAUCAUGCAGCUCAUUCGCAUGGCAGAGCCUCGCAACAUGCUGCUCGUGCACGGAGAGGCGGUAAAAAUGGAGUUCCUAAAGGGGAAGAUCGAGCAGGAGUUCAGUAUCGACUGUUACAUGCCCGCUAAUGGAGAGACAACGACUGUGACCACAAACCCUAGCGUUCCCGUUGAUAUCUCACUAAACCUACUGAAGAGGGAGAUGGCUCUUGGAGGGCCGCUGCCUGAUCCCAAAAAACCUCGCACCAUGCACGGAACGCUCAUCAUGAAGGAAAACAGUCUGAAGCUGGUAUCAUCAGAGCAGGCCCUGAAGGAGCUGGGCCUCAAUGAGCAUCAGUUACGGUUCACCUGCCACGUGCAGCUCCAGGAUCCACACAGCGACGCCGACACGCUCCACAGAAUCUACACGCACCUUAAGAGUGUGUUAAAAGGCUACACCAUCCAGCACCUCCCCGAUGGCACAGUCAUCGUGGAGUCUAUCGUCAUCAAAGUCUCCUCCUCUGCCGAAGACUCCAACACCAAAGUCCUGCUGCUUUCCUGGAGUUACCAGGAUGAGGACCUGGGGAGCUUCCUCUCAUCCCUGCUGAAAAAGGGUCUUCCAUCUGGAAUCUGCUGAAGCAACUUUUAGCCUCAAAGGACAUUCACACUAGAAGAAGCUCAUUUUUAGUUAAAAUCUCCAUGCAAGUGCAGAGAAACUGAAAUGUCUACAUGUAAACUUCAACAAAAGAGCUGCUGCCUUUAUUUACAUGUAACACACAGAGGCUUUUUUCGUAUUAUUGACUCAUUUUGAGGAAAAAAAGACCAUUUGAAUUCUGUUUUAUCCCUUUAUUUUGAUGCACAAAUAAACACUUUUAUAGAAAAGUCUUUGCAGUCCUCCAGUUACAUGUCCAGUGAUAAUGACACUUAUAUAGAGUCUUAUUUAUUUACAG